AUGGUGGAAUUCGAAGAGUUAGAACCACUCAGUCCUAUUAAAGACGAUGAAUCUGACAAAGACGACGAAGGACAAGACCUUGCCGGCGAAGAAAUCAGCUAUGACGAUCUCAAGAAACGCAUGUGGAAGGACCGAUUGCUCAUGCGCAAGUUCAAGCAGCAGAAACGAGUCGACGCCGUUGCCGCCGCCGCUCGCCGGCCGGAAGCUUCCCGGCGCAAGAAGAUGGCGCGUGCCCAGGAUUCGGUGCUGAAGUACAUGAUGAAGAUCAUGGAAGAGUGCAAAGCUCGGGGGUUCGUGUACGGUAUCGUACCGGAGAAGGGGAGGGCAGUGAUUGGAUCUUCUGACAGCCUGCGACGGUGGUGGAAGGAGAACAUCCAGUUCAACCGGACCGCCCCGACUGCCAUCUGCGACUACCUGACUCUCGCGGCGGAGCAACUGUUGUUUUCCGCCGAUCAGGACGCGGACGUGAAGUCGUACAUGCACAUGCUUCACGAGCUACAAGACACGACACUCGGGUCGUUGCUGUCGGCUCUGAUGCAACACUGUGCGCCGCCGCAGCGACAGUUUCCGCUGGAUAAAGGGAUUGCUCCGCCGUGGUGGCCGACGGGGAGCGAGAUCUGGUGGGGAGAGCAAGGCUCGGGUCACGAGCUCGAAGCUCCGCCGUACCGGAAGCCGCACGAUCUGAGGAAGGUGUGGAAAGUGAGCGUUUUAACGGCCGUGAUCAAACACAUGUCUCCGAACCUGGAGAGAGUGAGACGUCUCGUCAGACAGUCCAAGUGUCUGCAGGACAAGAUGAUGGCGAAGGAAACUGACACGUUGUCUCGAGUUCUUAACCAAGAAGAUGCUCUUCGGCAACUAACUGAGAAAUGCCUCGAGAUCUCUGACGACAAGGAACAAGAUCAAGAACCGUGUUUUGUCGGAUCAAGUACCGGAAAAGACAAGCAGGUUGUUCAAGAACAGACGGGUGGUAACAAGAGAAAGGUCGAUUUCCGCAGGGAGGAGGGUGAGGGUUCGACGUCUUGUGACGCCUGCCAGAACCCGAAUUGUCUUCACAGUGAGAAGGGUUUGGGUUUUGUGGACAAGAACUCGAGGACAGACCACCAGCUUCAGUGCCUUUACAGCAAUUUCGCCCGAGAACCCGUCAGAAACAUGGGAGAUCUCGAUCAGAGUUUGGAAACGUUGGUUCCCCCUCUUACCCAAGAUUAUCUCUGGUCCGAGAAGAUGAAUGAUCUGAAUGACCAGAAGGAGAUUGAAGAUGUUCUUGCCAUGGAUGCAGCCUUCAAGAAAGGGAAUGCGGAGUCGAAUGUGACCCAGUUUCAAGAAGACCGUUAUUCUAAUCACACGAACGAAGCUUUCUCGGUCUGGGAUAUGGGAUACGAGGAAAUAGAUUAACUUUGCUUCCAUUCCGUGUUCUG